AUGCUUUUUUUGUUUUUGUUUGUUUUUAUUAUACAUUUAUCGUAUUCAAUUAAUAUAAAUGGAAAAAAUAAUUUAUUCAUAAAUACCUCUUGUGAUAAUAAUAAUAAAAAAAAAAAAAAAUGGAACAGUCAAAAUAUUAAAAGGGAAGUCAUGCAAAUAUUUAAUGUUAUCCAGUCAAGGAAUGUUAUGAACAUGAGAGAUGAGAAGCAGCCACAUAAUAGUAACAAUAAAAUAAAUGUGAAUCCACCACAUUAUAGUAACAAUAAAAUAAAUGUGAAUCCACCACAUAAUAGUAACAAUAAAAUAAAUGUUAAUCCAUCACAUAAUAGUAACAAUAAAAUAAAUGUUAAUCCACCACAUAAUAGUAAGAACAAAAUAAAUGUGAAUCCAUCACAUAAUAGUAACAUGAGAAAUAUGAAAAAAUCACAAUAUUUUUAUGAAUCUAUAAAUAAAAAAGAAGGAGAGAUAUAUCCAACAAAAUAUAAUUUCCAAAGAAACAACAACGUAAUAUAUAAACAGAUCCCUGAGUUUACAUAUCCUUAUAAAAAAUAUAACAUUGAUGAUAUAUAUUAUGGUAGGAUCUUAAGUAUUAAUAGUAAAAAAAUAAAACUAGAUAUUUUAUGUGACAGAAAAGCUUAUUUAAAUACGUCGGAAUAUUUUAAUAAUCAUAUGAUGAAUAAAUAUAUUUAUAAUAUUUUAAAUAUUAAUAAUAUAAUAAAAGUACAAAUAAAAAAUAUAGAAAAAAUACAUCAAAAAAUACAUGUAGAUAUUAAAAAAUAUACAUAUGAAGAAUUCUUGUCAUCAUUUAAAAAUAACAAUAUAUAUAUAAACUCUAAAGUUAUUCAUAUAAAACCAAAAUAUGCAUUGUUAUAUCUAGCUCCUAAAAUUAUUGGUAAAUUAAUGUAUGAUAAAAAUGAGGACAUGCAAAAUUUGAAUGUUGGAAAUGAUGUACAUGUAAAAAUUGAUUACUUCGAUAAAAUGAAAAAUGAGUUAUACCUAAUAAGAUAA